GGUUAAUGUGCACCAAUGGCCACGAAGUCACUCGUGGUCUCAGAGCUGAGCGCAAAAGUGCCACAGGUGAUAGGAGGUAUGGACACAGAGACCAGAGAGUUUGAGCGUCCGAAGUGUUGCAAAUAAGUGACCAAAAAUCGCUCCAAACAAACUUUGCCAUGUAAGAUUAGCGAGCGAAACCUCUGCACGGUGCAGAAAUUCUACGAUUUCAACACGUCACUUCUCGGGAGAUCAUGAAACAAGAUCGGAUGUGGCUGAGGCGAGGACACGUUGAGGAAGCUGAGGAAAGCCAUCUUCACCGAUGAGGCAGCCAAGUUCCUCUUCGCCUCUCCCUUUACGCACAGGCGAGGUGAGGACGGGGAGCAUCACAUCAAUGUAGAGAAAACACCAAUGAGUCAUCCGAGGUGUUGAAAGAUCGGCAGCAGACGGGGGAGAAGCACAACCACAAUUUUUUGAAUCGAAAAUCAUUUUUUUUAAGAGAAAAGCACAUCAUGGAUGGAGAAGGAGGAUCAUCCGGGCUGGUCAAAUCAGCCGCCGUCAAACUGUCCGAGAUGGGCGAAAGAACCAAGCAGUUUGGCACCGCGAUGAGGGAUCCUCACCAGCAAAGACGGAUCAUAUUAGUGAUUGUUUGCGUGGCUCUCCUGCUGGACAAUAUGCUCUACAUGGUAAUCGUGCCAAUUAUUCCAGACUAUCUUGCUGAGCUGGAGAGUGAGCAGUCAGAGCACGUCCACGUAGUGAUGCACCCCAACUCAUCCGCCAACAGCACAAGCCAAGACAAAAGCAACAAGGACAAUUUAGAUGUCCAGAUAGGAGUACUUUUUGCAUCCAAAGCCAUCCUGCAGCUUUUAGUUAACCCGCUGUCAGGAACUUUCAUAGACCGGGUUGGAUAUGACAUUCCACUUUUAAUCGGCCUGAUUGUUAUGUUCGUGUCCACAUGCAUAUUUGCAAUCGGGGAGAACUACGCGACGCUCUUUGUGGCCAGAAGUUUGCAGGGUCUGGGCUCUGCUUUCGCGGACACAUCUGGGAUCGCGAUGAUAGCCGACAAGUACACGGAGGAGGCGGAGAGGAGCACGGCGCUGGGCAUUGCGCUGGCGUUUAUCUCUUUCGGGAGUCUGGUGGCGCCUCCCUUCGGGGGCAUCCUGUACGAGUUCGCGGGCAAGAAAGUGCCCUUCAUCGUGCUCGCGUGCAUUUGCCUGGCGGACGGCUUAAUGCUGCUGACCGUGAUCAAGCCGUUCUCCAACAGGACUAGAGAGAACAUGCCGGUCGGCACCCCCAUAUACAGACUCAUGAUUGACCCCUACAUAGCUGUGGUGGCCGGGGCGCUCACAGUGUGCAACAUCCCCCUGGCCUUUCUAGAGCCCACCAUCGCCAACUGGAUGGAAACCACCAUGCACUCCACUCAGUGGGAAAUGGGGCUCACUUGGCUCCCAGCCUUCUUCCCUCACGUCCUCGGUGUGUACAUAACGGUUAAAUUGGCAGCACAGCAUCCAAAUUUGCAGUGGUUCUACGGAGCUUUAGGUAUGGUAAUCAUAGGGGCCAGCUCAUGCACACUCCCUGCAUGCAAAAGUUUUGCGCAGCUCAUCGCCCCGUUGUGCGGCAUUUGUUUCGGCAUCGCACUGGUCGACACUGCCCUGCUGCCCACACUCGCGUUUUUAGUUGACGUGCGUCAUGUUUCAGUGUACGGUAGUGUUUACGCUAUAGCAGAUAUUUCCUAUUCUGUUGCAUACGCUAUGGGUCCUAUAGUCGCCGGUCAGAUAGUGCACAGCCUCGGGUUUGUACAACUUAAUCUGGGUAUGGGCCUCGUCAAUGUGCUUUACGCACCAGCCCUGCUGCUGCUGCGCAACGUGUGCCAAAUGAAACCGUCCUACUCAGAGAGAGAUAACCUGUUAGAGGAGGCUCCGCAGGGGCUGUACGAUACUAUCAAGAUGGAGGAGAGGAGAACUAAAAAGAAGGGCUACAGCUCGGCAGGCAAUUGCCUGUCAGUAGAUGAAAACGGGUUCGACCCGUUCACAGCACAGCGGUCUUUGUCAGAAGAGUCGUCCGGUCAGGAGUACACUUAAACCGGCCACACUCUCACCGCCACCCCCCUUACACAUUCCCACUGGAGAGAUCUGGAGGUUAUAGUCAAGUAAACUUUUAUGUAAUGUGCAAUAUAAACACCCAAAUCACCAAAUUCACAACCCGCUUUCCAGAGUUUCUUUUUUUAUUUUUGACUGUGACUUCAUUGUGUCGAACAAGUCUUUGUAGCGUUUGUCAUGGACGUAUAACUGGAGUUUUGUGAGAGAUCUAUCAGCUACCGUUGAAUUUGUGUGUAUCACUGAGUAUUGUAAAAAGAUAUAAAUAGAUAAAUGUGCGUACAAGAUUAUAUGGGACCAACUAUAAGCAGCACAUUUCCCCCCACACCCUUACACAAAAUAAAUAGCCUAUAUUUUUAGUCUCGGAGGAAACUUUUUUUACUUGCACAUCAAAGGCCUGAUUUUCCUUCUUGGUUGUUUAAAAAAAUGUGGAUUUUAAUUUUGUAACACGUGGGCCUGUUUGUUAUUUAUUUUUAUUUCCAAUGUUUUUUUGUUGUUUGGAAUUAAAUGUAUCAUAAUAAAUGGAUUUUUGUACAUAUGUGGAUAUAUGCACAAUGUAAAUUGUUGAAAAAAACAUACGUGGACCUCUGCGAAGUGUGUGUGUUCGUGUGUGCGUGCGCGCGCGUGUAUGUA